AUGGGGAAGCGAGAGGACAACGAUUCGACCAACCUUCCGCUCGUAAAAGUGGGUCGGUUCGGGCGCGUGACGGUGGCGGAGCAGGGCGCGGAGGACCGCGACGCGGCGGCGUACAAGCGGCUCAUGGCGCUCAUGAAGGAGGAGGCGCGACCCAUCGGGUACCUGCACGGCCGCGGAGCGCUGGACCAUGACGACCUGAACUACCUGCGGGAGCACAUCCGCGCAGAGGAGGAGACGGAGAAGCUAAGGCAGCACUCAGAGAAGAGGGCCUUCGCUGCUCUUAAGAUACGCCCCUUCCCUGCCAUUAUCUGCCCUUUCUUCCUUUCUCCACCACCCUGUCUCUCUUUCUCUGUAACCUGCCGCUCCCCCGCAGCACCGCCUAAAGCAUCUCUCCCCAACAGGCAAAAGACACUCCUUAAAGCAAUCGUUGAACUUCGCUGCGCCGUGAGUCGCGGAGGCUCGGCCAUGGCUACCCCGGAGCAGCUGGUGCUGGAGCUUAGCAUUCCCGAGCAGCGGGAGAACGCGCUUCUGGAUCUUAGCAAAAGACGGGAGGCGUAUCCCGACCUCGCGUUGCUUCUGUGGCACAGCUGCGGUACAAUCACAACGCUUCUACAGGAGGUGGUGGCGAUAUACCCCAUGCUAUCACCGCCCACGCUGACAGCGGGGGCAUCCAACCGCGCGUGCAACGCGCUCGCCGUGCUGCAGUGCGUCGCCUCGCACCCUGAGACGCGCGUGCUCUUCCUCAACGCGCACAUACCGCUGUACCUGUACCCUUUCCUGAACACGGUCAGCAAGACGCGCCCCUUUGAGUACCUGCGCCUCACGUCCCUGGGCGUCAUUGGCGCGCUAGUCAAGGUGGACGAUACAGACGUGGUCAACUUCCUCCUCUCAACGGAGAUCAUCCCUCUGUGUCUGCGCACCAUGGAGAUGGGGUCGGAGCUCUCAAAGACAGUGGCCACCUUCAUAGUGCAGAAGAUCCUGCUCGACGACGUGGGGCUGGCUUACAUCUGCGCCACUGCUGAGAGGUUCUUCGCUGUGAGCGCCGUGCUAGGCAACAUGGUACAAUUACUGGCAGAGCACCCAUCCGUCCGUCUCCUAAAGCACAUCAUCCGCUGCUACCUGCGUCUCUCCGACAACCCCCGCGCGGGCGAGGCCCUGCGCACCUGCCUGCCCGACCUGCUCCGAGACGCCACCUUCUCGGCGUGCCUGCGCGACGACGUCACCACACGCCGAUGGCUCGCGCAGCUCCUCAUCAACGUCGGCCCGCCGCUGCACCAGGGUGGAGGCGGAGGGGGCGGGGGAGUGGGAGGGGCUCCCCCUGGGCCCCCCCAGGCGCUGCAUGGCGGGGGGGGAAAUCCCGUGCAUGGGGGGCCGGGGGUGCUGCACUCGUCGUCGCCGUCACCACUCCAUGGGACCUCUUCUCCAAUGCAUGGUGCACAGCGGCCGGGGCAGAUGGGGGGACCCAUGGGGGUAGUGGGGGGCAUGGGCGGAGGUGUGGGAGGAAUGGGCCUUCCCCCCAUGGACACGCUUCCCCCUGUGAACUGA